AAUAACCAAUUAUUUUAUUUUUGUAAAUCUGAUGCUUAAAACACCUUAUAUUAAGAUGAGUCUUUAUAAAAUGGAAAAUUGCGACGAUCGUCUGACACCGAGGGAUAUUGCAAUGGCGGGGAUUAAGAGAGAAAAUUAUGAAGCUACCGUUAAAAAACUGGAUACUUAUUAUUUUAGACUGAAAUCUGAGAUUUCCAGAUACCAAAGCCUUUCUCUUGGUCUCUACCCGGAGUGUGGUACACCUGAUCCUUACAAAGCAUCCAACCAUGGCCACGUCCGAGACAGUAUUUAUUGUGCGGCAGCAACAUGGUGUCUCUCACAGGCAUACAGACACAUCGAUGAUGACCAGGGCCGGUGCCAAGAGCUGGCACAUAAUGCCAUCAAAACCAUGCGUGGUGUUCUCUACUGUUGGAUGCACCAAAACACUAUAACACAGAACAUUGAAAAAUUCAAGCAUGACCAAAACCCCAUCAAUGCUCUCCACAGUGUGUUCGAUAUUGUCACUGGUGAUCCAGUCUUCAAGAAGGAUGAAUCAGGGCACUUACAGCUUGAUGUUGUUGGUCUCUACCUCAUCUUCCUUGUCCAGAUGAUAACCUCUGGCCUCCAGGUGAUAUUUUCAUCUGACGAAGUGAACUUUGUACAGAAUCUUGUGUUCUACGUUGAGCGUGCCUAUCGCACUCCUGACUAUGGCAUGUGGAAGAGGGGAACGAAAUAUAACAAUGGCAGUACAGAAAUACAUGCAAGUUCUAUUGGUUUCUGUAAAGCUGCUUUGGAAUCCAUAAGUGGAGUGAACCUGUUUGGAGAAUAUGGUGCUUCCUGGUCUGUCAUUUAUAUUGACAUUGAUGCCCACAAUCGGAACCGAACUAUUUUUGAAACCAUCCUACCUCGAGAGUCAAAUUCCAAGAAUACUGAUGCCUCCCUUCUUCCAGCAAUCAGCUGGCCAGCAUUUGGCAUCCACGAAACAUACUUGCGUGAACGAGCAAUCAGCAAAGUUCUGCGCAAACUCAGUGGCAACUACGGAUUGAAACGCUACCUCCGUGACGGCUAUAAGACUGUUCUAGAAGAUGAAUCUCGUAAGCACUACGUGCCAGCAGAGAUUAAGAACUUUGAUGGCAUUGAGUGUGAGUGGCCAAUGUUCUAUGCCUACCUCAUGAUUGAGUAUGAAUUCAAAGGCAAUAAGGCACUGGUUGAAGAGUAUUACCAACGCCUUAAACCUUUAUUGAAACAGACUGGAUAUGGUUAUCUGAUACCAAAAUAUUAUUAUGUUCCAAAGGAAAAUAUUGAGAAUGAAAUAAAGAAUCCUGGCAGUACUGAAAAGAUCCCUAGUCCUGAAGGUUCAAGUGAUGGGGUUUUUCUCUGGGGACAAUCAGUCCUCCUUAUAGCUGAGAUGCUCCGAGAGGAUUUAAUCCACAUCAAUGAACUGGACCCUAUUCGUAGGUAUCUCCCUGCACCAGAAAGACCACGGUUCAGUUCUCGAUACAGUGCAUUCCAGGGCACCCCUGAUGACCUCGUCAUUCAAAUGGUACUCAUCUCUGAAAGUGCCGAACUUCAAAAGCUGCUGGGAACCUAUGGUAUUGAAACCCAAACUCCAAGACAGGUGGAACCUAUCCAGAUUUGGUCACCAAAAGAAUUAACAAAGGCAUAUGAGUACCUUGGUAAGAACAAGAAGCUUCAAAUAUCAGGAAGGCCGUCUCGUCCAUUUGGAGUACUUAGUACUUCGAAGAUUUACCGUAUUUGUGGCCAAACUGUGCUGUGUUACCCCCUGUUGUUUGAAAUCAGCAGUUUUUAUUUAGCCCAAGAUCUGUCAUUAGUCGUGGAUAAUUGCAAAAAUGAUCUGGCUUUUGUAGCUAAAUGUUGGAAGUUGUAUGGCAGGCCGACAUUCUGUAUGGUGAUUCGACAGGAUAUUGUCCAGAACGGCGAUUUCAAUUGCUUUUUGGAUCUCUUAUCUGAAUUAAAAAGAGGUGGCUGUAGUGGCCUUCGAGUACGGUUUGGAAGGCUUCAGGCAAUGAUAUCCUCUGCAUGCAUUGAACAUUUGGACUUCCUACAUGUGCUCGAUGACUUGGAGAUUUUCCAACCAUUUCAAGAGAAACCUUCUUCUCUGAACAUUUCCAACAUGUUGGCAAUCCCACCUCCCGCUCAUGUAGAAGAAGAAGAAGCAGACAUAAAGGAUUACAAAAACAUUUCAACCCCUGAACUAGCAAAGAUGUUGCGGUAUUCUGAGACGACCAGCAGGACUCUAAAGAUUCUUAACAUCCUGUUGAACAAGGAAGGAAUGGAUUAUCGCAUUGAGGAGUAUACAAUAAAGGAGAGACUGGAGCGUACUCUCCUUAUUGCCGGCAACAAGAGGCAGUGGGCUCACGUCAGGCUGUGUGCCGCUCUUCUUGGUAAAGUUGUUGAUAGUCUGGCGCCAUCGAUAACAUCUGUAUUGGUACGAGGAAAACAGAUAACUGUUGGUGUGUUUGGUCAGAAGGAACACAUUCUGGACAAGCCAAUUCCUCCGGGAGAGAUCAAAGAAAUGAUCUUCUCCUCCUGCAAGGAAUUCAACAUCUCAGAGUCAGUACUUCAACAGGAGAUCAUCAUCAACAUUGGCAAAUUAAUUUCUACCUCACCACAAUUCUUUGAAGGAAUUCUCAGGAUUAGAAUUGGAUGGUUCAUCUAUGCCAUGAAGUUGGAACUCAGUGGUCAGCCAGGACCGAAAGACCUCUUCAGUCUCUCACCACAGCAGAUCAAACAGUUGCUGCAGAGGUUGCUCCAGCGGGACAUGGCUCAACUCGAUAAAAGUAACCCCUUAAUGAGACGACAAAUAGAUGGGGCCUUGAAUAGGGUCCCAAAGAAUUUCUAUGAUCAGGUUUGGAAGAUUUUGGAGAAAACCCCAGGCGGUGUCAAAGUGGUUGGCUACCUCUUACCUCAACAACCGACCCUCUCAGACAUGACCAUGUAUGAGAUGAACUUUUCCCUGCUGGUGGAGAAGAUGUUGAGUGAAAUUGUCGAUCCAGCCUAUCGUCAGAUUGUGGUGGAGUCUUUCAUGGUUGUGGCCACAAUCCUUGACCGUAAUCCAGAGUUGUGUUUCCCACAGGCUGUCAACAUGGACAAGAUUUUGGAGAAUGCAUUCUCUCAGUUCCAGCAAGAUCUGUCCCGAGAUGGUCAAGUGGAGAAAGAGAAAAUCACUCUACACAUGUUUGUCAGUACCCAAUCGAACGUGAAGCAGGGUACCAUCAGCUACAUAACCAAAUCUGUGGUGAAGCAGGUAUUGGAAGGUGACCUGAAGACCACACCCAACGAAAUGUGUCUCCUCUCAUAACGCAUUUCACCACCACCAACACCACCACCACCACCACCACUACCACCAUCACCUCCGUCUCUCACUCGCUUUCUCUCUUGUCUUCAACUCGUGGCUCGGGUGGUGGUGUUACCCUGAUUACAGAUGAAUCAGUGGACACACGGACACACACACAUACACACACGCAAUAUUUUACCCACCAGUAUAUUUAAUCAAAAACCAUACAUGUGAAUGAAGACAAUUAUACAUUCAUAUACAUGUGUAAUUUAAAUGGGUACUAAUACAAAACACACACACACACACACACACACACACACACACACACACACACACACACACACACUCACACACACACUCACACACACAAAUAUUUACAUAGAGAUACACAUUAUUUUAAAACACACACAUUGUCACUAUGGGCAGUUGUUUACACACACACACACACACACACGAUGAUGAUGAUGAUAAUGAUAAUGACACUCACGUCAGAAAAAGACAGUCACAUGCAAAAUCAGAUACACACAAAUAGAUAAAGAAUGACCUAGGCACAGCCACCUACAUUGAUAGUGGUACUUUCACACACACACGCACACACGCAAUAUGUAACACAGACAGAAAGCUAUUUCAAUAUCCAAGAAAAAAGUGAUAUUUUUUGACAACAGCAACUCUAACCAUUGUUCAAACUAUUGCCCUUUGACCUCCAGCUCUUAUCUAAUCAUGGUAUUCUUUCUGUAUCACACAGCUGCAUGGUUUGUGAUAACAUGCAGCAGAUAUGUUGGCUAGGUCAAUAUAGCUACAUGUGAUCUCUCCCUCUCUCUCUCUGUAAUAUAUAUAUAUAUUCACUCAUGCAUACAUACAUAUAUAUUGCUUUGGUUUUUAUGUGUCUUGUAACACACACACACACACACACAUACAUA